AUUUAUCUUUGCAAGCAUCAGAAUAUGUCUACCCACAACGCACUUCUCCAACAAGUCGACUUCCCUGUAGGAUUUGCCGAACAAAAGGAUCAGAUUGAGGACGAUACCGUUUUUUAUGUUGAAUGGCUUGAUAGCAACUCAGAAUUCCCUGGUUUAUCUUCUUCCAACAACGAAAAAAAUUUAAACGGUGGUAACUGGGAGCUACUUCGACGAAAGGAAUUAGAUGAUGAAGAACUUACUUUGGUUCCGGUCGAGGAUAAUGCUUGGUCCAAUCUCAGCACACGUGAUUCACACGAGCUUUAUGCCACUGUAGCGGAAAAAAACGCAGCUGAAUUACAACCCACUAAACGUGUUAUCCAACCUCUUUGGCCCAACAUCAGUGCCAAAAAGACAGUCAAGGCAGAAAAUACUGAAGAUGUGUAUGAGGAAGAUCUUGCUCUCGAAUUAAAUGAUAUCCAUAAGUCACAAAGCCGACGAGCAAACAGAAUGACUUCCAGACGCAAACUCCAUGACAUCAAGACUGUUGACAUUUAUGUAGAAGGUAUUCUCAGUUUAGCAACUAGCCAUUAUGGCAAAACUACCGUCACUUGGGUUCCCUAUGAAAAGGACCUGUCGAACUUUGAUCCUACUCGACUGGAAACCUAUAUCGAUAGUCUUACCAAUACCAAUAUCUCAAACAAAGAUAAGGCCAUCCGUUACUCUUCAAAAUUUACUCAUAACACAAAGCGUUAUGCAUAUAAGUACGGUAAUCAAGCUGCAAAUUCAAAGAGACCUAUUUUUCCUGACAGUGGCGAAUUUCCUGUUCAAUCUCCCAUCGUCAAAUAAUUUCUCUCUCUCUUUUUUUUAUUUACAAAAAAAAAAAAAAAAAAAAAAAAAAUACCCCUUUAGACUAGCAUCCCCCUCAAUUUAAAUUGUGUAUCAUAUUUUCGUUUUAAGCCUCAUGAUUGCUAUUCUUAAUAAAGUAAACUU